UCUGUUCCUAAAGUUCACACAAAUCAACACGCCCAGAAAUAUCAGCGCUGUAGAAAGGUUUAGAUUAAUGUGACCGCAGUGACAUCGAGCAGAUUUACACUGGACCCGCACAGCAGGAGCAGCAGUCAUCUGAGAGACUGAAUUGAGCGCUUACAAUGGCGGACAGCGGGAAGACUAAUGAGAGUGGAGCUACAGUGGCAGAGCACACUAAUGGAGAUCAGCAGAAUGUAGUUGCUCGAGUGGGGAAUCUGCCUCUGGUGAGUUCAGCCUGUGGGGCAGUAUCCAGCGCCUACACCACCACCAAAGACAGUGUGCCUUUGCCUUUGAAAGGAGUGAUGGAUGCAGCCGAGAGUGGGGUGCGGACACUUGGAGCAGCUGCCACUACUGGCUCUAAGCCUCUGCUGGACUAUAUUGAGCCAAAGCUUGCAACAGUAAAUGAAUAUGCCAUGAAAGGACUUGAUAAAGUGGAAGAAAAGCUGCCCAUUCUUCACAAACCAGCAGACAAGGUGGUCUCAGACACAGUGGGCAUGGUGUACCAGUCUGUAGCAGGGGCCAAAGAUGCUGUGGUGGGCACACUGUGGAGCGGUGUGGAGUUGACCCGGGCUGCGGUCAGUGGUGGUAUCAGCACUGUCAUGGGCACCGGUCUGGGACAGAUGGUCAGCAGUGGGAUGGGCAUGGCCCUCAGCCGAUCAGAACAUUGGGUCGACCAGAACUUGCCUCUUUCUGAGAGGGAACUGGCUGCUUUGGCAGAACCUGCUACUAGUGGUGAGAUCUCCACUACAAGUACCAGUCCGUCUGGCAGUCCCAGUUACUUUGUGCGGUUGGGGAAGCUCUCUGCCAAGGUGCAGGAGCGUGCCCGGGAGCAAUCCCUGGUCCGAGCGCGUCAGGCGAGAGAAGCCACCUACGCGGCAGUGACCCAGAUAGCCAGCACUCUGGACCUGCUGGAGAGCACUCGCAGAGGCCCUGGUGCUACCCCUGAUCAGCCCGACGGAGCAUCUGAGCAGCUGCAGCAGCGCUGGACAGAGUGGCAACAGGUCCAGGCUCAAACUGAACAUGCAGAGCCCGAGGAGGUCAAAGAUGAAAAAGAGAAGCUGGAGUGGCAGGCCCUGUCUAUGGUGCGUGGUUUGAGUAACCAGCUGCAGUCUGCUUGCUCCAGUGUAGUGUCCAGUGCUCAGGGCCUGCCCGGUGCAGUGCAGGAGCAGCUCAGCAGUGCCAUACAAUCUGCUGAAGAGCUCCGCUCAUCUUUACGGAACACCAGCUCUCUGACACCUGUGCUUCUAGAGCGCAGCCGGCAACAUCUAUCCAAGGUUCAGCAGUCAUUGGAUAGUGUGAUGGAGUAUCUCACACACAACACCCCUCUGAACUGGCUGGUUGGACCCUUUGCACCUCAGCUGACGGAGAAAGCUGAGUUAGACGUGCCAAUGACACCGGAUGGAUCAAAACAUUAAUUUAGCAAAAUUAUAACAAAUAUAUAUUUUGUAUUCAGUAUGUGGCUUUGAUAUUUUCAUACAAAUCCAUGCUUUAUUUUUUCACUAUCAUGAUCCAUAAAUGUCAUAGUAAAGUAAUUCCUCUCUUGAGUUAAGAGUUCAUUUCAGUAUUAACGAUUAAUUUCCUGGUAACACAGUGCAUGUAAAGAAAGAUGGGGCAUAUAUAAUGCAAAUAAAUAUCAUCUAACCAGUAU